AUGUUGUCAGCGGUAGAAAAUUUGGGUACUGCCGGUCCUGGCCGUGUUCCGUAUUCACACCAUCAUGCGCAUCAACCGCAACAUCAGCAUCCGGCGCAGCAUCAUGGGUAUCAUCCGCUGCACACGAUAUUGUCACCAUCACCAAUUGGACAACUGCAACUGCCGGCAAUGCUCGGUGCGCAAACAUCCCUGCCCCAUCCGAUGCCAUCGGUCAGCAACGAGUUUGCCCGUCCCUAUCCAAAGCAACGGUAUGAAGAAAAUCGUGGUUUCGGAAUACCGUCCGCAUUAACUGUGGAGCAACGGCUUAAGUACGGCGAUCCACCACCAUCUUCUGCUCCUGGUACAAAUAUACCAACGCACACGCAAACCGGUCCAGUGAACCUGGCCGUCAGCAAUGGUGGAAGUUGCGUUGGGGACGAGUAUGGUUCUAUCGCUUAUACGCAAUGUCAUCAAAGCGCAAACCCACCAAACCAAUCGGAAGCAAGCGGUUCGAAAUACUCGCCAGGUGCACUACAACCGGGUGGCACUUAUCAACAAAAAUAUCAGCAGGAACAGCACCAGCAAAUGUUAGAUUAUCUUGGCGCGCAGCAGCAAACGAGCGGAAACCGUAUGGUUUGCUAUCCGGCCAUGGGGUCGCUCGAUGUGUUCGGAGGUUAUCCACCGUUAAAUUACGACAUGUAUCCGUACCGACGUGUUUAUAGACGUUCGACGUACGUACCACCGCCAAAUCAUCGACCACUGGAAGCACGAUACACUGGUGGAACGGCCGCUUUUUUGCCACCACGUGCCCCACCACCUUCACCGGACGCAGGUACUAGUCGGCUUCCGAAACCAGCUGCAGCACCGAUUGCUAUCAAAUCAAAAAUGUGGCAUUUGCCAUCAUCAUCACCACCAGCACCACCCACGCCAUCAUCGCAUUACGCUGGCAGAGAUAUUGCGAUACCGACAGCAUCCAACAGUGCGAUCGCCACCAGCGGGGUAGAUACACUAAUUGAUUCGUACAGAGUGCUGAAAUCCGCUCACAUCCAACAUCCGUACCCUAGAAUGUGGGCACCCGAUCCGCUACAGCCAUCGCAGGCGAAUACCGCAUAUUUGAACGAACUGUCGAAUGUCACAGGGCAUGAUGAGGAUAAUAAUAGUCCACAGUAUCCGAUGAUUACUCACAGUACGCCUGUGAAUCACAUCCCAACACUUCAGGAUACGUAUAUGGCUGCCAUACAGGAGCGUCAUCGUCCGAAAUUCGGCACCAUGCCGUCUACUAGCACGGAUGCAACGUCCACCGCCAGCCUAACCCAGCAGGAAUUUAAAGUACCACACGGCAUGGAAGGCUUACAAAAGCCACGUAUGGGAAACAUACGAGUAGCUGAUCCACAGCUAAUGGUUGGGACCGGCACAUCGUACGCUACACUCAGUGCAUUCGACGGAGGAGCCAACACUCGCCGUAACAAUAUUGAGACACAGUCGCACGGGCUAUCGGAGGGUGGCGGUGGCGUCCAUCACCAAAUUUUGCACACGACAGUACUGAAGCCGAAAAUGUUUCUACGGGGAUCAUUGAUUUCCUUCCGGAACGGUGUGAAGAAACCGGUGGAGCAAGUACGACUGGAGGAUUUCCUGCUGACUGCUGCCAUUUCGCCGGAUGUGCGACUAACGGAGGCACAAACGCGUCGUAUCACACCUCGCUACAGCAGUAGUCCGGGAGAUUCGCUCAAGAGAAUACUGGUGCGAUUCGCUUACGACCAGCAGCAGCGUCAUGGUGCGCUCGAGACGACCAUCGACUAUCCAUUCUUUGUCACGACCAAGGGUUGGACGUCGUAUAGUCCAGAGCGCACAUUUAACAGCUACGGGCUGGAAUGUGCCCCGAUGGAGGUUGGUGACGUGUUUAUCGUACUUGUGCCGCGUCAUUUGUCGCCCGAAGACACACAUCAGGAAGAGUUAACACAAACUACUAUCGAGCGAGCAUCUGAUCAUUUUUCAACGAAGCAGAAUAAUGAAAGCCUGCAUUUAUUAAACGUCUUUUCAAUGCAUCCAAACGAUACUCAACGCUCUCCCACAGAGGAGAACAUGUUCCCUCAGCAUCAGCUGCAACAACAGCAACAUCUGAGUGGAGCAUCUGCUGCGGAAAUCCAAAAUACAUCAGCAGAGGAACAACAGCGUGAAGAAAAUGGUGACAGUCCUACGAUUUUGAUCGACGAUAAUUCUCCGAUACGAGACGAUACGCGCGAUUGGAUGGUGGCAACCACUUCCAGCGUUUCCAAAGCAUUCGGGUCUGGAAAACGACGCCAGGACGGACAACGGCGAGCUAGCGGCAAACGUAAGCUUGCGGAGAUGCAGUCGCAAGAAAUUUUUCGCUCGGGCAUUUCCGACACCUCCAGCGCCGUACAACAAAUGCCGUAGCAACGCCGGCCCUCUGAAACUGUAGUUUAAAAACCAUGGAAGAUGGAAACAUCAUCCCCGUUCUCGUCGUCGUAUCUAACUUAAUUGUAAGGCCUUAGUACGAGUUUCGGUUUGAAACUGUAAAACUGUUUAAAAAUGGAGAGAGAGAGACAUAGAUCUAAAAGCGCACAAUUGAAGAAAAAAUUAAUCGUGAAACAGAAAUUAACGUUGUUAUGAAAAAGGAUGCAACUUUUUAAAAGUUUGCUAAAGAUUAUUCGUAUGGGAAGGCGUGAAUGUGUGCGAACGCCAUUGAAUAAAAACGGUACCUGCCGUAAUAGAGAUAGAGAUAAACAAAGCAGAGUAUAGUGUGAAGCUCCUCAGCUAUAGUAAUGAAGCUUUGUGUCUUGUGGAGUAGAGCUUACACAUGUUUUUGUAUCACUAAUGAUCACGCGAUGACUGCCAUCGUAUUUAGUUUUCUUUUUCCAUACGUCAUUCUUUAAGACAUAAAAAAACAUAAUUACAAAACCAUUCUUCGCCCAUCUAUGUAUCAUGCGACGAAAGUCCAAAGAGGAGAGGAAGGAGAACCGUUGAUCGAAGGGGUCUCCGAAAAGACUGAUAAAAGACGAAUAUAGGUUUACUGAAAAGGUUUCAGAACAUUUGCCCCUCCCCCCCCUUCAACAUGAAUUGCCAUAAAUUAUGGCAAUUAGUUACACACGCUGCAGGAAAGUUCGGGCAUACUUACACCAUACAUUAAUCAGCUUAAAAUAGAGGAAAGGAUGGCUGGUAAGGGGAGAGAAUUUCGUUCGUUAUGGGAGCUACUCCAAAUAUGAAUAGUAUGCGUACGUUUCGCGUACUGUGAUAUAUUAUGGCUACCGUUCACGGUUAACACUUCCGUAUGUAGUUUUCCUGUCCACGUAAUAAUAGGUUCAUAACGGCAUUUCAAGCCUAACAUUUGUUUUACUUUCAAUAUCUGUAUCUAAAUAGCCAGCUAAGCGAUCGGAAAAUUAUUAAUUUGAGUGUUCAAUGAGUUAAGAGGUUCAAUAUGGAAUUUAAUUAAGACUUUAAUGCGUUAACGGUUCAAUUCGGACCACAUUGUGAACUAGAGAGUGAAUUCUAGGUAUUUUUUUUCUAUAUCAUAAUUUUUGUUUUGUUAUUUUAAUCUUCACUUUCAAACAAAUGAGGCAAACAGGAAGGACUGCCAUAUAAGAAAACCUCCGGUGUAUUAGGGCUUAGGAGGCUAUGCCUAUUAAAAUUUAUAUAACUAUACAGAUGCAAUUGAACUAAUCCAAACACUUCCCCUCGAACUCAGUGCGUACACAAAUUACUAACGUGAUGUUACGAAGGCGGUUAUUAGCAUAAGCAGAACAGUGCGUAAAAACUUUAAUGGUUCCUUCACUCCGUUAUUCUCAUCGUAUGGGACUAGUGUAUGUUAACUGUUGCAGUGUCAUUGUGUGCGUUAAAGCAGAAAAAAACUAAACUCGAAUUUGUGCUGUUUUUGCAAUGACAGGAAAUAUAUUUUUGCUACUUUCA